AUGAAUAGUUCAAACAACCAAGACAUAGAGCUUGAGAUUUUGAAUAAUCAAAACUUAAAACCUAAAGCAUUAGACAAUCAAAAUAUAGAAUCUGAAGUAUUGGACAAUCAAAACUUAGAAUCCGAGAUAUUAGACAAUCAAGAUAUAGAACUUGAAGUAUUAGCAGUAUAUAAUAAUAUAAAUAAUCUCUUUGAUAUUGAUAACUUUGAUGAUAUUAAAGAAUUUUUUGUUGAUAAAGCUUUUAAAAGCUAG